AUGGCGGACACGACGCCGCCCCGUGCCGUGCGCUUCUCGGACGGGGAGGAAGACGAGCAGCCCGAGAGGCUUGAGAGUGUCGUCGACUUGGAGGCCGACGAAGACUCGUCCCCCGGCUCCGAGACCGACCUUCACGCCAUCGAGGACCAUGACGACCUCGGCGAGCUCAGCAUGUACGCCGACACACCGACUCACCACGCCACAUCGAUGACGCAGCUGCCCCCGGGCACCGUCAGCAACGGCGCUCCGCCCAAAGGUCAGUGGAGCAGCCCCGGCGACGAGACGGCAUCCUUUGCCAAUGGCAGCCGGCCCCAGCGGCCCCUCGGCCCCGCCAGGACGCCCUCGAGCACCUACAACCCGGCGACUUCGAGAAAGCCCGCACUCCAGCAGCCCGCGCCCUCCUUUGUCGAGUCGAUCCGAUCGUCGUCCAAGACUCGGCCGAGGCAGAGCGAAAGCAGGUUCCGCGCGCAGGAGCGGGCCUACGUGCAGAAACUGCGCCAAGACUAUUCGGGCGAAUACUUCACCUCUUACCAGGCCGCCAACGGCAACGACUCCGACUCGGAAGGCGAGACGCCGUCCUCGGAAGGCCCCUACGAGGAGCGCCUCGACCAAGAGACCAUCAUGUUCUACGGAAAUGACGAACUCCAGCCCACCGAGGAAGACGUCAAGGACCCGGAGAACCGCGAACGCCUCGAGUGGCACGGCAUGCUCGCGGCCGUUCUGACUGGCGACGUGGUGCGCCAGGAGAAGAAGCGCUUGAUCGGCUCCGCGGACCAGCAAGCCAGCAAGAUGGCCCAUAAGUCUGAGCUCUGGCUGGGUGUCCGCGCCGAGUCAUGCGGCAGGCGUCUUCCCGUGCAGCGACGGAUGGUGGAGGAGUCGCGCGCCACGCUUGAUCGACUCCUGGACGAGAUCAUCAAUUUCGAGGUCAAGGGAGAGAGCGAGGUGGGAAAACCGCCGUACGAGCAGGUCAAGGACGUGGUGAGAAAGAUUGAAAAGUGCGAAAGCCUAUACCCGUCCUGGUCAUCGCUUGCAGCCGAGCACAAAGCUGCCGGCUCGCCCUCGUUUCACGAAGCAUACGACGCCAUCUUCUCGUGGUACAACACAAACGAGCUGAUCAGCACGGAGCUGUCCAUUCUCAAGAAGUGGGUCGGCAAUGAAGAGCUGGACUUUUCCCGCACCAAGCAGAGGUCGCCGGCCGUCAACGGCAUCACCACCGAUGAGACGUCCUUCCUCGACCGGCUAAUGAAGGAGGACGGCCUGCAGUCCCUCUACAACGACGACGAGCGGUCGACGCAAAAGGGCAUGCUGCGGCCCAUAUCCUCCAUCAUUAGCAAGAUUAAGGAGACGCUGAUCCGGAACUCUGCCCCCUUCCAGAAGCGUCAUCUCCCGCCCUAUCUCGAGGAGCUCUUGACUCUCAUCAGUUUCCCUUCCCGUCUCAUCGAGGAAAUCACCAAGACGCGUCUUGCGUACGCCAGGAGGGUCAAGGAAACGGCCCAGCAGAACCCUCUGAUGCUGGAUCAGAUGAUCUCCCAAUUCCAGCUGCUCCUGAAAUUCGCCAUCAGGAUCAAGCUCGAGUAUCUCUCCAUCGAGAGCCCAGAGCCCGGAUGGGACCUACCCCCUUGCAUCGACGAGUCCUUUGACCAGGUUGUCCUGGAAGCGCUCAAGUACUACUUCAAGAUGCUCAACUGGAAGCUCAGCGGCAACAAAAACACAUUCAAGGAGGCCGAGCUGCUGUUCCAGGAAUGGGACUUUGCCAACUACAUUGGCAGACACCUCCAGGGAGGCCACAUCGAGGUUGCUGAACAGUUCAGCUCGCUCACCUUUAAGGCUCUGAAUCGGCUGAGCCAGACGUUUGAAAAAGAGUUGCAGGUGAAGCCCAAGGAGAGCGCGGCCGAGAUGAGCAAGAGAUACAAGGCCUGCCUCGACUCAGUCCGCGUUCGCCAGCGGAUGCUCCAGCGGUUCUCGAGGAUGCUCAGCGACAACUACGAGCACGUCUCGGACUUUAGCAUCUCAUUCUCUCCCGAGGUGAUGCAAAAGUUUUACGACCAGUUGGUCGCCUCUGGCCAUUUCCGCGUGGAUACGGGCCCCUUGGAGAAGCAAGGCACGUACGUCAUUGCAUCGUCUCAGCUUCACAGGCGGCUCGAGGACAUACAGGCCAUGAUGGCCAUUACGUCCCAGGAGCGGUUCUGCGAAGACGACGGGGAGCAGUAUCUCUUGAUUCUGCGCCCCGAGGACAGCUUCAAUUGGUUUGGCGAAGUGAUUCCUGUUACGCUGCGGGAGCAAAACAUCGACUUGAAGCGCGGACAGGUCCGGCUCUGCGCCAUAGGAUCGCAGACUCUGCCGGAAGCGAGGAGAGCCUUUCUCGACGCCGUCGACAUGCACGUCGACCUCUUGCAGGAGUCCAGGUCCAACAUUCACAAAGUCAACACGAGGCUGUUGGAAAUCCGCAGAGUGGCUUACAAGCUGUCCAAUACAUUCAUGGACAGCGUCGAAAUCAUCAGGAAGCAGACCGAGGGCAAGGAUUGCCAGGAGCUCAUCCAGACGUGCUUCGUCUUUGCCACCGAGUUCGGCCAGCGAUCCCUCCUGUACAUGGACAGCAACCGGCGCCAGAUGAACAACCUUAAGCUGACCAAGCUCGCGCUCGACUGGGUAAGCUUCAUCUGCGACGACUGCAUCGCCUCGGACCGCAAAACCUUCCGCUGGGCUGUGCUCGCCCUCGAAUUCGCCAUGGGCAUGACGCGGGGCCGACACAUACUCGCCCUGGGCGAGGACGAGUACGCAAAGCUGCGGACAAAGGUGGGCGGGUGCAUGUCUCUGCUCAUCUCCCACUUUGAUAUUAUGGGGGCGAGGUCGAACCUGGCCGCCCAGGCGGAGAAGGAGAAGAUUGAGCAAUUGGUAGGGCAGUUUAGGAAGCUCGACAAGAACAGGAUGCUGGACGACGAGGAGGCGUCGCGGUGCAUUACGGAGCAGCGCGUGGGCCAGCUCGACAAGGUCGACGAGUACCGGCAGGAGAAGGAGGCGGAGCGGCGCGCACUGGGCCGGGUGCUCGAGACCAACAACGAGGCCGACCGGUCCCUGGCAUACCUCUCGUCUUCGGCGACCAAUGUGACGAUGCGCUGGCAGCAGGGCCACUUUGUCGGCGGCGGCACCUUUGGAAACGUCUACGCGGCCAUGAAUCUCGACUCCGGGCAUCUGAUGGCAGUCAAGGAGAUCCGACUUCAGGACCCGAAGCUGAUUCCGCAGAUAGCGGAGAAGAUCCGGGAGGAAAUGGGUGUCUUGGAGGUGCUGGACCAUCCCAACAUUGUGUCGUACCACGGCAUCGAAGUGCACCGCGACCGGGUCUACAUAUUCAUGGAGUUUUGCUCGGGCGGGUCGCUGGCAAGCUUGCUCGAGCACGGCAGGAUCGAGGACGAGCAGGUCAUCAUCUUUUACGCCCUGCAGCUACUCGAGGGACUCGUUUACUUGCACGAGAGGGGGAUCGCCCAUCGCGACAUCAAGCCAGAGAACAUUCUCCUCAACCACAACGGCAUCAUCAAAUACGUCGACUUCGGGGCCGCCAAAGUCAUCGCCCGUCAAGGCCGGACGCUGGCGGCGGACCUGCACGCGACGAAGCCGAACAAGUCGAUGACGGGGACGCCCAUGUACAUGUCUCCCGAGGUGAUCAAGGGGGAGAACCCGGGAAGGGCGGGGUCCGUCGACAUUUGGUCGCUCGGGUGCGUCAUCUUGGAGAUGUCGACGGGGAGGAGACCGUGGGCCAACCUGGACAACGAGUGGGCCAUCAUGUACAACAUUGCGCAGGGCAACCCGCCUCAGCUGCCGACGUCGGACCAGCUCAGCGCCGACGGCAUCGACUUCUUGAAGAAGUGCUUCUUUCGGGACCCCAAGGAGAGGCCGUCUGCCGUCGAGCUGCUGCAGCACGAGUGGAUCAUGGCGAUACGGAAUCAAGUGGUGGACCCGCUGACGCCGAGCGACGCCAGCGGGUCGAUUCAGUCGACGCCUAUGCUGACGGGCUCGAGCGGCCGGGGCAGCAGCGUGGGACCCGACGGAUUCUACUAG